AUGAAGUGGCUAAGCCGUCUGAUGCGGCGUACAAAGCGUACGCCGCUUCCACCAAAGCCGUAUGUCGACACCGCCUCCGCAGGGAAGCACAUGGUGGACGCGCGGUUGUACGAUAGCAGCGAUCUUACCCAGGUCGACCCCGAAAAGCCGCACUGGCAGGAGAUGUGCUUCGAGUCUCGCGAAAAGGUGCCAUUUUUCGAUCUCUUCGGCUGCAACCGGGACUGGAGCUGGUCGCUAUUCAAGCUGUCAAGCCUCUUUUUUGUGAUGGUCUUCUACUGGGAGAUGCGUUCUCUGGCAUACAUGAAGGAUGACCCAAUGAGGAUAUCGUCCACUACUGCGGUGUCUCCCGUGCCAGACUAUGCCAGAGACGAAAAGGCGACGGAGGAGGAGCUGCGCGAGGCCGGCUUUGCGUAUAUUGGCGUGGCUCAACUGGACAACCUGGGCAUACCGGGGGUGGCCUCGCCAGAACCGGGUCACAAGGCGUGA